UGAAGGCACAUGACGUCACACUUGUGUGCACAGACACACGGAGAAAAGAUCUCGCCUGACUGACUGGAUCUUUUUUUUAAUUUUAUUUUAUUUUAUUUUUUUUACAAUUUUGACAUAUACAAGCACCACAAUGCUGCCUUUUAAGAGAACUUUUGAAGGCGAAAAGCAUCAGCUUCAGGAGCUGAACGGCCGGUUGGCUCAGUACCUUUCCAGAACACAACAACUGGAGCGAGAGAACGCGCGUCUCAUGGGCGAGAUCAACCAGCUGAGACAGGCCAAGGUGGUGGAAUGGGAGCCGAGGUACAAGGCUGAAAUGCGGGACCUGAGAAGAGCUAUGGAGCGGAUGUCGCUGGAGAAAUCCCGCGCCGAGGUGGAGAGGGAGCGGUUGUGGAAGGAGUUGCAGAUGGUGCGUUCACUGUGCAGCCAGCAGAGCGACGUGUGCAGGGACAUCAGCGGGGAGCUGCGAUGCUGUGAGAAGGAGCUCCAAGACGCCCACAAAAGCAACACUUCACUCCAGCAGCGUUUAACUGAUCUCCUCAAUGAGUAUGCGUUCUUAGAGGAGGCGCACAAGCAGGAGAUGGGCCACCUCAGACGUCAGGUGGAGUCCAGGGUGGUACCCAUCAUCACGCAAACUUACUCGGGGCCCCCGGCUGCAUCUGUGGAAGAGGUGCAGCGGUAUGCCCGGGGACUCUCCGAGGGAUGGAUGGAGACUUUGGAAAUGUACCAGCAGAAGGUGGACGACAUGGAGAAAACCAUAAAGGCAGACCAAGCCUUGCUGGGUGACCUGCAGAGGGAGAAGAUGCUGCACGUCACGGAGUUGGACAAAUUACGCACGGAUGCGGAAAAACAAGGGCAGCUUCAAGUGCGUCUUGAGAAGGAACUGAUGCUCAUGCAGGAUACAUUUAGUCAUGACUUGGGAGAAUAUCAGAUGGCUAUUGAUCAACUGGAACGUGAAAGGAGCAUGAUGGCUGAUGCGAUUGGACAGAAGAUGCAAGAACAUCAGCAUCUUCUCCAGGUCAAGAUGGAUCUGGGCAUGGAGGUGGCUGCCUACAGGGCUCUCUUGGAAGGUGAGAGAGCUGGUCUUCAAGACGCUCAUAGGCGGGUCAAUCAACAUCAGAGAGAAAGAUUAAUAGAUAUCAAGAUACCUAGUCAACACUACACUCCAAGAACCACAAGCAGGCAGCGUAUGGACGUCAGGUUUUCACCAUCCACUUCUAAUCUGAGAAGAUCUCCCGUGGUUCAGUCGGGUUCCAAAAGUCCCUCACGGGUCAUUCCAAUUUCACUUACAACCAGAACACAGCAUCAGAGUCCUGCCUCCAGAAGGGACAUGGUCUCGUUUGCUAAAGCCCAGAGUGCCUCUUCUCCCACUGGUUCCGGUGUCUCCAAAGAUAAAGGUGUCGUCAAGAUUGGGCAGCAAAGUCAAAAGUCAACAAGAACAGAAGAGAAAAGUAAGAAAAUCGAACAGAUCUCACAGGGAGAAAACCUAACCAGUUCCAUCAAGUCUUCUGCUGCUGAGACCACAUCAAGUAGAGUCCUCUCACCAGUGAUGAAGACCCUAGACACAAAACCAAUGUACAUGAAAGUUGUAGAAGAACCAGAGGAAGUCGAUGACAAGGGGCUGAAGGAUGAAGGAGAAACCAAUUCCACGAUGAAAAGACAAAUGACAUUAGACAGUGUGUCCGUUGAGGAGAUCAUUGAGAAAGUCAUCAAACCAUCAAGUUUGGAAGCCAAGGAUUGCUCCCUCGGAGAAUCAAACGUGACCUACCACAUCGAGAAAACCAAACAAGAGGAUGGCUCGACAAAGACCCAGAUUGUGCUGGAGUCCAAGGUGAAGGAGGAAGUAGAUGUUUCUGAAGACUCUGUUCUGGAUCAGCUUCUGAGUCAAGGAGUGAAGAAUGUCUCUCUGGAUGAUAUUAAGGAUACAGCAACAGGUAGCAUGAUCAAGAACCUGCUAAGUGGUCUUCAGGGUGAGGCAAAUCUACAAAAUAGAUCCGUCAAUGUGGAGAUAAUUGAGCAAGCAGUGGAGUCCACAAGUGAUGAUUUAGCAGAGAAGUGUUUUUAUGAGCCCUCGUCAUAUUUCCAAAUUGAAGAGAUGGAAAAUGACCAAGAUGAUCAAAGCGCUGAGGAUGACAUGAACAUGAUGGUUGAUCGCAAGAGUGGAUCUGUUCAGGUUCAGGAGAACAUCAAGGAGAGUGAAGCUUUAUAUUUCACCCACGACCAAGAGCCUGAUGAGUAUUUUGUCUCCACUCCAGAUGAUCUCUCAGAAGUCGAGGAGACAUGUGGCAUCACGUCUUAUGGCCAUUACGGUAUUGUGGAUGACUUAUCUGAUGAGCGGUAUUAUCAGGAUGACAGACCUCCUCAAAGCAGAACCGUUGUUGAGGAACACAGUGACUACAAGUUUACUGCAGGAGAACGCCCUUUUCUCAGAGAGAGUAUUCCUGAAUGCAUCAUUGAAGAGGAGAUCCGUGUUUCUCCCAUAGUGCAGGAGUCGGUGCUGGAGUUACUGCGAGGGGACUCUUUGGCACCUAAAGAACAGCUGAGGGGAGCUUUGGAGAAGUUACAAGAUUCAGUCUCAGGUCCACUGAAGGAUGAGUUAGCUUUUCUAACUAAAGUUAGCAGUGAAAAUCCACAGAAUGUGGCUUUCGACAUCAAGAAAGUGCAGCAGUCAAAUGACAGUGGAACCACCACCAUAGUUGCAGAGCUGAACGUCUCCCAAACUCUGGAGGACUCCGGGCUUCUGGAUGAUGAUGACUUAUCUGAGGAGCAGAUCAUGGAAGCUCUGAGGUCUUCUCACCUGGGUAGUGCCUUGCAAGGAGGCGCAGGGGAAGGCUACAGCUUCAGGAUCUCCAAAGAACAACAGCGUGUUAGGUUUAAUGACGAGUUUGACUUCGAAAGAGAAGGUGAGUCUACGUCAACUGUUGCAGAGAGACAAAUCAAACAUGGACCAUCAGAGAGCACGCUUCACAUUCAGAUGGAGGGGCACAGCAGUCGUACGGAUGCUACCACUGAUCAAGAGUGAAAUCAACAGAAUCGGUUGCUUACCUUGAAAGAACAUCGGGAGAAACAGCAUCUCUUUAAGCGUACUACCAAGGACUUGGAGGAAGAAAGGAUCAGUCUAUUAACAUUCUGUCUUAUCAACACAAACCCCGAAACACUUCUUCGAUGAUCGCCACCAUUUUUUUCUGAAAUUACUUCUGUAUACCAAAGAAAAAAACUUUAAAAUUAUUUUUAAACAAA